GUAAAAAGAAACUUAAACUAGAGGUGUCCAAGGGGAGGAGCCAUUUUACAAAUGGUUCCAAGUCAGUAGUUCAUUCUAAGGAAAGUGUGCAGAUAAAUGAAGAAUUGCCAAGUGAAGGUCAAUCUAAGGACAGUGUUCAAAUAAAUGAAAAAGCAUCAAGUGAAGGAAUUCAUCUGCAUCUCAAAGCAUUGCCAAAGCCUGGGUGCAAGAAAAGAUAUGACAAGAUUAACUUCUGUACUUUCUGCCAUAAGGAAAUACAUUCUAAAAUAUCCAGACAUUUGCUUACCCAUAAGAAUGAACUGAAAAUAAUGGAAAUUCAGAUGCUGCCAAAAAAGUCAGAGAAGAGAGGAAUGCUGUUCCUGGAAUUGAUCAAUGAGGGAAACUAUAAACAUAACAUCGAAGUUUUGAAAAACGGUGGUCUGUUUAUAACAGCAAGACGAGAAAGUCCAGAUUCGUCAAAUCAUUCACCUGAUGAAUAUCUCCCUUGUGAGUUUUGUAAGGGUUUCUUCCUGAAGAAUUUAUUGUGGCACCAUGCAAAAAGUUGCAAAUUAGCCUCAGUUAAAAACGAAGAUGAUGAUGAGGAUGAAAAGUUGGGAAAGUCUUUUGUUAGAAAAGGGAGAACAUUACUAUAUGGUUCACUGUUUGAUGAAAAUGAAAGUAACAUUAUGCAUUUGUUAGAGAGAAUGAAUGAUGGAGAAGAAAAAGAAAUCAUAAAGAAGGAUCUUAUAAUUAAAAACUUUGCUUCAAUUCAAGUUCAAGCUUUGGGAGAAGAAAGAAUUCAGAAAAAAAAUGACAUGCAUAGAGUGAGUUCAAAUUGCAGAACCCUUGCACGUUUAGUAAUCAUGGCCAGUAAAGACAUACUACUACCAUCGUUGAAUAAGCUACUGUCGCCAGAUCAUUUUGAUAAAAUUGUGAAGUAUGCAAAUGAGCUGUCCUCUGAGGUGCCAUCUCUUGGCCCAAAACUUGGCCAUCUUAUAGGUCAUUGUGUAAUGGUAAAGAAUGGCUAUGCAGUAAGGAAAAAUGACGAGACAAUGUUGGAUGCAUCAAAAAACUUCAAGCAUCUCUUCGAUUCUGAAUGGGGUUUUAGAGUCAAUGCACCAGCAAGGAAAAGAAAGAGGGUUGCCAAUUUAAACAACCCUUCCAAGAUACCUAGCACAAGCGACUUGGUAAAAUUCAGGGAUUUCCUCAUCUUCGAAAUGAAAGAAUCUGAGCAAAUUUUGGAAAGUAAUGAAGAUCAAUUACAUGUAGCAUGGAAUCGGCUAGCAAAGGCCACAAUGUGCCGUUUGAUACUAUUCAACAAACGGAGGGUUGCAGAAGUAGAAGAUUUACCUGUGGAGUAUUUUCAGAAACGUCCCAAAUGGACUUCAACUGAGGAAUUUGAAGAAUCUCUGACAGAUAUGGAAAAAAACUUUGCAAAAAGAAUGGAUUUAGUCGAAGGUUUUGGGAAAUCAAAAAAAAAUAUGAAGGCAUAUAUUCUUUUGACCCCUGAUUCAAAAAGAGCAUUAGAAGUUCUCACAAGACUCAGAUCUGCUGUUGGAGUUAGCCCAACAAACAAAUACAUGUUUGCUAGACUGAAUUCCAAUACACCAUUAUCUGGGACAACAGCAAUGAAGGAGUUGUUGGGAAAAUGUGAAGGAUUAAAACAUCCAGAAAAUAUUACAUCAACAUCAUUGAGAAAAUACAUUGCAACUGUAUCCCAAAUAUUGGAUAUGACACAGGGAGAACUAAAACUACUUGCUAAACAUCUUGGACAUGAUGUAAAAACACACAAGGAAUACUAUCAGUUGUCAUCAUCAGUGCUUGAGCUAUCCAAGGUUGCUAGGAUGCUUUAUGCUGUGGAGAAUGGUCAAGUCAAUGAAUGGGCAGGAAAGAAAAUGAAAGACAUACAGCUGGAAGGUAAUUAUUUUGUAAAGAAUUUUUUUCAUGCCUUCUUGUCUUUAUUUACUAAGGGCAAUUCCAGUGAAAAUAAUCUACUGGGAUGGAUCCCUAUUUUUUGUAUGGGGGAAGGGAGGUAUGGGGAACUUCCUGAACCUUCAUCAAAGGAUGGUGAUCUGGAUUAUGAAUUGGCUGGGAAGGAGGAUCAAUCUAGUUCCACUGUAGCUCAGGCAUCUAGUUCCACAGAAGCUCAGGCAUCUAGUUCCAAAGUAGCUCAGGCAUUUAGUUCCAAAGCAGAUCAGGCAUCUAGUUCCAAAGUAGAUCAGGCAUCUAGUUUCAAAGCAGAUCAGGCAUCUAGUUCCACAGUAGAUCAGGCAUCUAGUUCCACAGUAGAUCUGGCAUCUAGUUCCACAGCAGAUAAACCAUCUUGUUCAGAUCAUGAACAGCCCUCAAAUUCAGAUAGUGAACAGCCACAGUAUAUUAGAUCAAAAGGUUGUAAAAGAAGAUGGACAGACAAAGAGGAAGAAGAACUGAUGGAAGCAUUUGGGAUACAGAUUAAGAAAAAAAUGAAUGUGUCCACCAAAGCAAUCCGAUAUGCACAGUCAAAAUAUAAAACAUUACGUAGCCGGUCAGAAGCGGUAAUAAGAUCCAAAAUGAACAACAUCAUUUUAGGAAAAGUCCAAAAAAAGAGAUAGACUACAAAUGAAGUCUUUUGCAGGAUUCAUUAUGUUUUAGAAUUAUUUAGUGAAGUUACAUUUCCUGAUCAACAAUUGUCCAUUGUCUUCUGUUGAUUUUUAAUCCAUAUAAAGCACAGUCAGCAUCAGAUUUUCAUUUAACCACUUGAAUUUCUCAUGACCAAAUCAUUUCCAAUAUAAAACAUGCUACAAAUUUGUAAUGUCUUUAAAAGUCUUAACUAAGGGGGGAAACAGCUUGUAUUAUCUCUGGGCACAUGAGAUUAAAUUGUUUUUGUCUUUGUUUUUUGUCCAUUAAACUGUUUAAAAUUUUGAAAAUGUUUCCCCUUUUACAUCAUGUGACUUUAAAAUUUUGUGAAAUACAUCAACACCAUUUUUAAAGAUGUGAGGAUCUUGUUACUUUUAUGCAAGAGGACUAUAGAAUUAAAUAGCUCAUGAACACAUCUACAUGAUUGGUUGAAUAGUCUUUUUAACCUUGUACAGAUCUACCUUUAUAAACAUGUUCACAUACUUUUUGUCAGGCUCCUUUAUUAUUUUUAUGAAAAAUGAGAGUGAAUCAGAGAGAUAAAAAGGGUUUUAAAAAGUCUUUGAACUCUUUUUCCUCAUACAUGUUUAUAAUAUGAGGAUAUACUUGUUAUUUUUUAAGAUAUGAUGAAUGUAGAGGAAUGAACAUUGUGAAAUACACAUUGAACUCCUUUUUAAUCCCAAUGUAGGUUAUUGGAUGUCCCUGAAUCUUUGUGCAGUUGUUGAAGAUUUGCAUGUUAAUGGGAUGCAAGGAUCCAAUUACCGAGUCCCAAUCUACUUGGUCUGCACAUACAUUUUCACACAACUUCGUUUCGGAUGCUUCACAGUAGCCUUGAUUGCCGUCAUAAUUUAAUACAAUAACGUCACAGUAAAAAUGAUGUUUAAUUGUGCUAAAAUAUAUUGCUAUUUGUGUGUAUUGACUGUGUGUGU